AUGCAAAUCCCCUGGGCCACCCCGACGAGAGCCCUGGCAGGGAAAGGGCCUCUCGGCCGCGGUGGGACAGGGAGGGGGCCCCGAGGGGGGUGCGGGCAGCACAGAGCCAGCGUCGGGCUCUUCUCAGGUGGGUCUGAGGCGUCCGCUCCCAUUUGGUCAUUAAAUCAACGUGCAUAGGGGCCCCUGAGCUGCUUCGAGGGCAGGGGCGGCCAAGGGAGGGAGGGUGGCCUUUGCCCACGGUGCCCGUCGCCCCUCCUGCGCCAGCACCUCGCUGGCCCACGGUUACUGUGCCUGAGCCACCUGCUGCCUGGGAGAACAGAUCCCGCUGCAAAAACCAGGUGGGGAAAUGGUGGGUUAGGAGAAUCCAGCUUCGUGCUGGUGCCUCCCGCCCCCCCGCCGGCGUCCCCUCGCGGGGUCCAGCCCGCAGAUUCAUCUUCAUGGGGAGAUUAGCGACUAAUCUCUCCUUCAUCUGCCGUCUUCCUUAUCAACGGGGGUGCCGGGGGCCAGGCUGCUGAUUUACUGCGUCCUCCUGGCGCGGGGGGCCUGGCCCCGGCAGCGCCGGCGGGACCCUGGCGGGGAACCCCCGGGAGGACACGGCCGGUGAGGGGACACGGACCGGGCGGGUGGGGGACGCCUUCCAGCCCUGGCCGGGGGUCCUGUCCCCGAGAGCAGCUGAGGAUCGUCAUCCGGAGAGGGAGAGUGGGGAAACCCGCUGGGAAACCCCUCCUGCUCCUUCCCGCCAGCGUCAGGGCGCCCGCUGCUCCCGAUUAAAUCAUCUCGAGGUAAUUGUCCCUGUCAUUGAGACAGAUUAACGGGCGACCUUCUGCCGCGGGAGCAGGAUUGGCGGCGGCCGCCGAGCUCCUUGUCCUUCCCUCCCGCCGGCCGCGGCGGCACAGCCCAGCGGAGGCUCCGCAUCCGCCACCGGCGCGGAGAUGCCCGGCGAGGACCGCGGCUGCGGGGCCGGCAGCUGCCGCGCCUGGACAUGAGGACCCCGGGGCUGAGCCCCCGUCGCGGCACCGCCAUGGUGCUGCCCUGCGCCCGCAACAGCCUCGGCCGCCCGGCGCCCGAGGAGACCCGCAGCCGCAGCAACUCGGUGCCCCCGGCGCACGUCCCCACCGCCAAGCACAUGCUGGCCUACCUGCCGCGGCCGCCCACCGACACCAGUGGCUACGGCACCUUCCGGCAGAAGCCCGAGCUCCCGGCCGCCCCCGCGGUGCUGGCAGAGGACAACCGCCAGCAAACCGGUGCUGCGGCUGCCGAGAGAAGCGCCCCGAUGCCAAACUACCUGUCCCCGCCCCACCACGGUGGCGUCGUCCCCGGCGAGCCGGCCCUGCCAAGCCGCGGCAGCAUGGCCGCCCAGCACUGUCCCGGCGACCUGCCCCGGUGCCCGGUGGGCACCCGCGGGUACCCACAGCAGGCGCUGAGCGUGCCCAGCAUCCCCGGCGCAGUGCGCGGCAAGAGCCGCAGCAGCACCGCCACUGUGCCGGAGGGGCUGCAGAGCCGGCGCCGCCGGCUGCGGGACGAGGACGGGCCCGUGGUGCAGGCGGGCAAGCGGCAGCGGCAGCGCUACGUCACCAAGGUGGGAAAGUGCCAGGUGAACCUGGGCAACAUCCAGGAGAAGAAGCGGUUCCUCUCGGACAUCUUCACCACCAUCGUGGACCUCAAGUACCGCUGGUUCCUCUUCGUCUUCAUGAUGUGCUACAUUGUCACCUGGGUGGCCUUCGGCACCGUCUACUUCUUCGACGCCUGGGCACGGGGCGACAUCUGGCACCGCGGCGAUCCCGAGUGGCGGGCGUGCAUCGAGAACGUGGACAGCUUCGUCUCCGCGCUGCUCUUCUCGGUGGAGAGCCAGCGCACCAUCGGCUAUGGUUCCCGCAUGGUGACGGCCAACUGCGCCGAGGGCGUCAUCCUGCUGAUGGCCCAGUCCAUCGUGGGCUCCAUGAUCGACGCCCUCAUGGUGGGCUGCAUGUUUGUUAAGAUCUCCCGGCCCAAGAAGCGCGCCCAGACCCUCAUCUUCAGCAAGAACUGCGUGGUGUCCCGCCGCGACGAGAAGCUCUGCCUGAUGUUCCGCGUGGGGGACCUGCGGGACAGCCACAUGGUGGACGCCAAGAUCCGCGCCAAGCUGAUCAAGUCGCGGCAGACGGCCGAGGGGGAGUUCAUCCCGCUGGAGCAGUCGGAGCUGAACCUGGGCUACGACACGGGCGAGGACCGGCUGUUCCUGGUGGAGCCCCAGAUCAUCUGCCACGUCAUCAACCGCCACAGCCCCUUCUGGGACAUGUCGGCCGAGUCGCUGCGCCGGGAGCAGUUUGAGAUCAUUGUCAUCCUCGAGGGCAUCGUGGAGGCCACAGGCGAGUGGGCCAGGGGGGUCGGGUGGGGUGAGCUGCCAGUCUCUGGUCCUGGAGAGGCGGUGGACCCCAGCUUGGAGCCAGAGUCCAGGGAUGACGUGCCAAGCCCGCACCUCGUACACAGAGGACGAGAUCCUCUGGGGGUACCGCUUCGAGCCCUGCAUGUCCCUGGAGAAAGGCGCCUUCCACGUGGACUACGGCCGCUUUGACAUGACCUUCGAGGUGCAGACGCCGGCGGCCAGCGCCAAGGAGCUGCAGGAGCUGCGGGAGCUGGAGCAGGAGCGCUCCACGCUCAGCCUCUGCUGGGACCAGCUCCUGCAGCCCUGCGCCGCGGGCACCGCGCACCGGG